UUUGAAACAAAAUCAAAAUAGAAUUUUCAGCUGAAAACUUGUUAUUCAAAUAUAUAUAAAUGCUAAUAUAUGCCAGAGACUGAAGAUCAAAUAAUUUAUAUUUUGUAAAAAAAAAAAAAAGAAAGGAAAACUGAAUAAGCACCAAAAAUGUCCACAAUGCUCAGCGAAUUUGGCCAGGCCAAGCUGGAGUUGCUGAAUAUAUACGAGGAUAUGGCCAGCCACUUGCAGCUGGUGGCAGCUGAGCUGCAGGACAUGCCCGGCCUGAAGGAUCUGCUCAACAAACGUAUACGGGAUCAGCUGCUGGCUUGCAUACAGAGAAUCAAAGCGAUUUGCCCCAUGUUGCAGCGCAAACGCAUGAAGGUCGCCUUCUUCGGACGCACCUCGAAUGGCAAGAGCGCCGUCAUCAAUGCCAUGCUGCAUGAACGCAUCCUGCCCAGCGCCAUGGGACACACGACCAGCUGCUUUUGUCAGGUGGAGGCCAGCGGCAGGCAGGAGUCCGCCCAUGUCAUGAUCGAGGAUAGCGAUGGCCAGAAGCUGAGCAUUGAUUGCCUGCGCGAUCUGGCCAGCGCGCACUCGGGUCGAGCGCUCAGCGCCCACAGCCUGCUCCGCGUUCGCUGGCCCAGCAGCAGCUGUGGAUUGCUGGCGCACGAUGUGGUGCUGCUCGAUACGCCCGGCGUGGAUGUAACUGCACAGCUGGACGAGUGCAUCGAUCGGCAUUGCCUGAAUGCGGAUGUGUUUGUGCUGGUGCUCAAUGCCGAGUCGACAAUGUCGCGUGUGGAGCGCCAAUUCUUUGGCAUUGUCGCGCAGCAGCUGUCCAGGCCCAAUCUGUUUAUACUCAACAAUCGCUGGGAUGCGGCGGCCACGCUGGAGCCGCACUUGGAGCAGCUGGUGCGGGCGCAACAUACGCAACGCUGUCUCCAGCUGCUGGUCGAGGAGCUGGGCAUAUAUGCCAACGUGGAGCUGGCACGCAGACGCAUCUUUCAUGUCUCGGCGCUGGAAACGCUGCGCCUAAGACAGCAGCAGCAGCAGCAGCAACAGCCCCAAAAGGAGGAAGAGCGACGCUUUGGUGCGCCCGGAGCGCAACAGCGUUACGAGGAGUUCCUCAGUUUUGAGCGCGAAUUUGCCGCGUGCAUUACACAGAGCGCACUGCGCACCAAAUUCGAGCAGCAUUGCGCCGGCGCAGCCGAGAUGCUGCUCCAACUGCACGAACUGCUGCAGCAACUGGCCGCAGGUCUGGUCCAGCUGGGUGCAGAGAAAACGGCAGCUAAAGCUGCGCUAGCGACAAGCUACGAGUGCCUGGAAACGCAAAUCAUGCAGCGGCAGCAGGAGCUGUGCCUGCAAGUGGACCAGCUAAGCGAGCAGACCAUCAAACUUGCUGCACAGCUGUUGCAAGAGCAAAUCUUGCGUCUGCCCCUCGCCGUGCAGCAGUUUCGCCAGAAUUUUCAGCCGCAGCUGCAGCGCGAAUUGCGGCAUUAUCAGCGUCUGCUGGGCGUUCAUCUCGAGCAGCAGCUGAUGCAGCAAGUGGAGGCGCAGCUUGGCCAACUGCUGCAGCAGCAAGUGCUGCAAUUGAGUCCAACAAGCGAGCUGCCCGUGCAGCUUUAUUGCGCCCUCGACUGCCAGCAGCUAAUGUCAAACUUUCAAGCAGAUCUCGAGUUUCGCUUCUCGUGGGGCAUGGCAGCCAUUAUGAAGCGCAUUCAGGACAAGAUGCCGCUGCCGCUGCUGGCGCCGCCCAAGCAAUUGAAUGGAAUGCACGAGGAGCACCUGAAGCUGAAGCCAGCAAGUGACACUUGGCGUCUGCUGGACUCUGACAACUCCACGGGCGCCAUGUUGCUGCUGAGCGGCGUGUUGGCGCGCGUUUUGGGCUGGCGUCUGCUGCUGGCUCUGGGCGCAAUCGCAGGCUCCUUUUACGCCUACGAGCUGGUCACCUGGACGCCGCGGGCGCAGGAGCGCAGCUUCAAGGCCCAAUACACGCGCCAUUUGCAGCGUCGCCUGCGCGAAGGUGUGCCACAAACGGCGGCUGGCUUUGGCCAACAGGUGAGGCAACAACUGACGCGCUCGUUGCAACAGCUCCAACUCGAAAUGGAGCACAAACGCGGCGAACUUAAUGAGCAGCUAACGGGACUUGCCGAUCAAUUGGCGCUGCUUGAGACGCAUCAGGAGAAACUGCGUACAUUGCAGGCAAGGGGCGGAGAGUUGAGGCAGCGCCUAAAGGCUUUUCAGCUGCGCUAUUUGCCAGUACAUGAUAUAUAGAAAGCAUGGUAUAUAUAUCAAUACCGUUGUCGUUCAGUUAUCAUUUAUAUAUUUUGUUAUAUGCGGUUUCUUAAUGUUUAACUAUUUACUUAAAUCUUGAAUUUGCGAUGAA